CCCGUCCUCCUGCAUCCGCUUUAGGCUCCGCCCCGGACGCGGGGCGCCGAUCGCAGAAGAGGCACAUGUCCUACUGAAUGGAGCUGGUCGCAGGUUGUUACGAGCAGGUCCUUUUUGGAUUCUCUGUACACCCGGAGCCCAACGCGAGCGGCGACCACCAGAAAUGGACUCCUGUGGCUGACUUCACGCACCAUGCCCACACGGCCUCUUUGUCAGCGGUGGCUGCAAACAGUCGUUUUGUAGUCACCGGGAGCAAAGAUGAAACAAUUCAUAUUUAUGACAUGAAAAAGAAGAUAGACCACGGGGCUCUAGUGCAUCACAAUGGCACAGUAACUUGCCUGAAAUUCCACGGCAACAGGCACUUAAUUAGUGGGGCGGAAGAUGGACUCAUUUGUGUCUGGGAUGCAAAGAAAUGGGAGUGCCUGAAGUCGAUUAAGGCGCACAAAGGACAUGUGACCUUUCUUUCUAUUCACCCAUCUGGCAAGUUGGCCCUGUCUGUGGGGACAGAUAAGACAUUAAGAACAUGGAAUCUUGUGGAAGGAAGAUCGGCAUUCAUAAAAAAUAUAAAACAGAAUGCCCACAUCGUGGAAUGGUCCCCAAGAGGAGAGAAAUAUGUAGUUGUCAUACUGAAUAAAAUAGAUGUCUAUCAUCUUGACACAGCAGCUGUUAGUGGCACCAUCACCAACGAAAAGAGAGUAUCUUCUGUUACGUUUCUUUCAGAGUCUGUCCUUGCAGUAGCUGGAGAUGAAGAAGUUGUAAGAUUUUUUGACACUGAUUCAUUAAUGUGCCUCUGUGAAUUUAAAGCUCAUGAAAACAGGGUAAAAGAUAUGUUCAGUUUUGAAAUCCCAGAGCAUCAUGUUAUUGUUACAGCAUCAAGUGAUGGUUUCAUCAAAAUGUGGAAGCUUGCACAGGAUAAGAAAGUUCCCCCAUCUUUACUUUGUGAAGUAAAUACUAACGCCAGGCUGACGUGCCUUGGAGUGUGGCUAGACAGCGUGACAGACACGAAAGAAAGCCUCCCUCCCGCUGCAGAGCCUUCUGCUGUAAGUAAAGAACAACCCAAAGGCAGCAAAAAGGAAUCGGGUGAUGCGGUGCAGGAAGAAGCAAGGCAGUCAAAACCUAACACGAAGAAACGUGGUUUAACUGGUGUCAGUGAAAAGCCAACCAAAGGAAGUGGCCUGGUGGCAGCCAAGAAGAGGAAAGUGGGAGAAAUCUUGGAAAAGAAGAGAAAAAAGAAGAAAAUAAGAGUAAUGCAGUGAAUCCCAAGUUUCUCCUGAGAGAAAAACUUUUUAGAUGGACUCGUUCUUUUCAUAUGUACCUAAUCCCUCCCCUCCCCCCUUCUUGUAAAAACUAGGAAUUUCCUCUUUGGAGAAAAUGUACAGCUCUAAAAAAAAUAUAUCACUAAAACUCAGUUUUUCGUUGUAUUUUUAAAGAGUGCCAAAACAUUUUCAUAGGAAAUAUAUAUCAUGAUAUAUAUUAUGUUAAUGUGGGAUAUAAUUUUUACUUUUGUGCAAAGCAAAUAAAGAUCUUUCUCAAAAUAAUGUAGUUUAAAAGA